AUGGAGCAGCUGCAGGAGCUUAUGUCUGGUCGAGGAGGUGCGCUCAGACGAAGAAACCCGACGCCGGAGAGGACGAACAAACCCGACGCCAGAGAAGACGAACAAACAAACCCGACGCCAGAGAAGACGAACAAACCCGACGCCAGAGAGGACGAACAAACAAACCCGACGCCAGAGAAGACGAACAAACCCGACGCCAGAGAAGACGAACAAACAAACCCGACGCCAGAGAAGACGAACAAACCCGACGCCAGAGAGGACGAACAAACAAACCCGACGCCAGAGAAGACGAACAAACCCGACGCCAGAGAGGACGAACAAACAAACCCGACGCCAGAGAAGACGAACAAACCCGACGCCAGAGAGGACGAACAAACAAACCCGACGCCAGAGAAGACGAACAAACCCGACGCCAGAGAAGACGAACAAACCCGACGCCAGAGAAGACGAACAAACCCGACGCCAGAGAAGACGAACAAACCCGACGCCAGAGAAGACGAACAAACCCGACGCCAGAGAAGACGUUACCGACCCCAAGCCCCACCGACAAAGGACAUCCGUGGCAUGUCUAGCCUCAGUGUCGACCCGGAAGAGUACUAG